AAAAUUCCUGAAAUUAUGAGAGGGAAGUUUCUGGCGCCAAAUUACAAUAAAUUCCCAAUUCAAUCAUUCAUUUCUUCGUCCAUAAUAAAUACUGACACUGACAAAUUUACUUACUAAAUACGAUUUCCCAGUUUAAUUUUCCUACAGAGUUAGAGACCUUAAAAAUGGUGAUGCUACUGAGAAAAAGGAUUCCUCGAACUCAAAAUUCACCUUCGUAUGAAACUGAUUCAGAUUCUGAAACUUUACCCUUAAAGAAAUCCAAGAAAAUCUCAAAACCCAUCAAAAAGAUUGAGACUUUUUCAUCAGAAUCUGAGUUUGAUUCUGAUGAUUCAGACAAGGAAGAUGAAGGUGCGGCCGAGUACGAGAAGAUUAGAGAACAGAGAAUUCGUGAAAACAAAGAAAGAAUGGAGAAACUGGGUAUUUUUUCACUUUCUUCUCAGUUACUUAAUGCUGACAAGAAAAAAGUUGUUCGUAAGAAAAAUGCAGGUCCUAAAAGGAAGAGAUAUCCACCUAUUUGUCCUCAACCUCGUUCUCGUUCGUAUGAUUCCUUCAGGAGAUCCGAUAGGUUGAAGGAUGUAGCUAGUAGACACUAUAUAGAGACAGAGCGAACAUUGAAAGAUAUGGGUAUUUUUAUACCUAAUGAAUGGAAACCUGAGGUUUAUACUGAAGAAGCUGAGAAGCGUUUGGGCGAUUGUGAGACUGUUUGGAACUUGAAUGAGGAUGGCUUUGGCGAGGAUGGUGAGCGCUUGUACAAUCCUGAUGGAACACCUUGCCACCAAUGCAGGCAGAAAACACUUGGGAAACUUACUUAUUGUGGCGUAUGUACGUCUACACAGGGACAACUUUGUGGAGAUUGCUUAUACACAAGGUAUGGAGAAAAUGUUUUGGAAGCUGUCCAAAAUCCAGCUUGGUCGUGCCCAGCUUGUCGUGAUAUAUGUAACUGCAGCCGCUGCCGUCGGACUAAAGGAUGGCAGCCAAUCAAUAUUCCACAUUCAAAGGUAACUGCAGCAGGAUUCAAAUCAGUAGCACAUUAUAUUAUUUUGACUCGACGUAGUGGUGGCAAACCAAUGGAGUUGCACGAGGGAAGCGUGGUGAUUGACCUGACAGAGGAAAAACCAACAGCGUCACAGCCUCCCGAAGGCUCUGACUACUCUGCUGAUUCAUCUGAAUAUGACUCAGAUGAUUCUGACAGUGAUGAUGAAUCCAAACGUUCAAAGAAAAACAAGGAUCAGUCUGCUCAAAAUCAAGUCGGUACUGCUGAGGGAUCAAUUGAACCUGAUGUUGCUGCUGUGCCUGCUGUUGCUGAUACGCCUGUUGAUCAGCUUAUUUUGACGUCAACUGCCUAAAACGCUCACUGAAUUGAAGAUACGUUAUGAUGCUUUAGUAAAUACACUUGGUCGAGAUUUGUGAAUGUUCAGGUCAUCAGGUACUUUGCUUUUGUGUUUAUAUAAGUUUUAGUUAGUAUGGGAGCACCAGAAUUUCUAUGAAGUUUCUCGGUUGUCCCGACUUGGUAGGAUUAUAGUAAUGAACCUAUGUCAACUCUAAUCCUUGUAUAGUAGUAUCCUACUUAUUUUGUCGAAAUGUAUAUCCCGGUUUUUGCUCCUUAUAUAGCUUAUGGAUUCUUCAAUGAA